ACCAGACGGUUCCCGUGAGCGCAUCGUUCGCAUAAUAUUGCUGAUCAUAUACGUCUAGGUGUAGUCGGUUACCUUGUAAUAAUAACAAUUAUAUCAUUUGUUUGUUAUCAUUACUGCAAUAGUAUCGUUUUCGUGUCGCCUCGUUGCCGCCAUCCCACCAUCGUCCAAAGAGUACCGAAACAAACCGCUACAAUAUAAAUUAAACCUAUACAUAAAUUAAAAUAUAUUAGUACCGGUGAUGUAAUCGUUUAAUGGCAAGGCCGCAAUUCACUGCGAUGGUCAACGUCGUGCAACGUUGUGUAUGUCUUGAUAUGAUCACAAAUCGUCGACUGUUCGGUCGGGACAACAAGUGCGGUUGACUUAAACGCACAAUGUUCAACAACACUACCGUUAAUAUCCGAAGCGAAAAUGGUACCGGCGUUUGGAUGCGAAACGUGGAAUCGGGCAGGGCCGCCGUCAUCGAAGAACUUAUCGCCGAGUUCUCAUCGUCGCAGAUGAGAUUUACCGAGGUCCGAAGUAUUUUAUUGAUGGCUAUGUACUUGCCAUUGUUCCUGGUGGCGGCCAUCGCCAACUCCGUGGUCAUCGUCGUGGUCAUCAAAUACCAUUAUAUGAGAAGCGUAACAAACUAUUUUUUGGUGAACCUCUCAAUCGCUGACCUUCUGGUAACGUUCAUAUGUAUGCCCAUGGCCGUUUGCCAGUCAAUCACCGGUUUGUGGCUGUACGGCGAACCUAUGUGCAAAUUGACAUCGUACUUGCAAGGUGUAUCUGUUGGUGCAAGUGUGUUUACUAUAGCUGCCAUGAGUAUUGAUCGGUACUUAGCAAUCGAGCAUUCCAUGUCAUUCAGAAAAGUACUUAAUCGAAAAUCAACAAUAUAUGUAAUACUAGCGUUAUGGCUCGUAUCUAUGAUAAUAUUCGGCCCAGUUUUGUGGGUCCGCCAAACGGAAUCUGUAGAGUUGGGAGACGACCCAAUUUUGAUUGAUGCUAUCCACAGGUAUGGACUCGCGUGGUGCAUUGAAGAUUGGGGCACCGCACACACCAAGUCUAGUACCUUAUCAAAACACGCUUAUGGUGUUCUAUGUUUUGUAUUGGUUUACGCAACACCAGGGUUACUAGUAACUGGAGCCUACACGUUGAUGGGCCGUAGACUCUGGGCAGUUCGCCCACCAUUCGAUGACCAACAGGGAAUGAUAAGUGUUCAGCAGGUCAGAAUGGUUCGCGAAAGACGCAGAGUAGCAAGAAUCCUAUUUUUUCUAGCAGUCAUAUUUGCGCUGUGUUGGCUUCCAUAUAAUCUGUUGACACUUUUUUUAGAUUUAGAUCUCAGUCUAAGUCAGAUCGGUUUGGACCAGGAGUGUUUAAUGAAAUGGUACCCAUUUACCCUACUACUCGGUCAUGCUAAUUCAGCAAUCAAUCCUUUGCUAUACUGCUUUAUGACCAGAAAUUUUCGUAGAACUAUCAAAGGAUUUGUAUUCAAUACGGGUAUUGCUAAACCCAGGAGGAGGAAUCGGUGCAAAGUUUCAGAAAGGGUUGACAGAAAGGAGCACAACAAGUGGAUACGGCUCGUUCCGCAACCCACGUCGGCUGUGUUUCACGCUGGCCCAAUUACGCCACAACAAUACAAUCCAAACGCGGACUGCCACCAUAUCAAACCUUGCUGUUCUAUAAACGGACACGUCAACUCAGAAUUCGUACUAUAAAAAAAAAAUUGUGUAAGAAACCAUCACCACUGGAUAGUGGAGGAUUACAUAUUUUAUUAUUGUCCAACAUUUACCAGAGUAGUCUAUAAAAUGGACUUAAGUCUAAUAUUUAUAUUAUAUUUAUUUAAAGUGUUAAAUGCAAUUUUGCUCCAACUCAAUAAUAUAUUAUGUGUUUCAUCAUAUUUUAACACUGAAACGUACAAACUUCUUUGUUCUUUUAUUUUUAUUUCUUGGUUAAUACAAUAUAUACCUAAUAAUAUAAUAUAAUAUAUUGUAUAUUGUUGUAAAAUACAUUACCUACAUUGUAUAUAGAAAGUGUGUAAACGUAAACUAACUUCAUUGUACAGUGCAGUGUAGUUACUGUUCUUCUAAUUUGUAUUACAUAUUAAAACCGAUAAUUUAAGAAUUGCAAUUUUGCUUAUGAUCUUAAUUACCUGAUGUAUGUAUUAGUAACGUGUUAAGUCUAUUUUACCAUUAUAAAUUAUACUUAAAUGAUCGAAAAGUAAA